UGCAACGUUCAAAAGCGGGUCAAAUCUGUGGGACAUGGCACAAGGAAAUAAUUAUGGGCAAAGCAGCAACGGGGUGGCUGACGAAUCCCCAAACAUGCUGGUGUACAGAAAGAUGGAAGACGUCAUAGCCCGCAUGCAAGAUGAGAAAAAUGGGAUUCCUAUUCGUACUGUCAAAAGUUUUCUUUCCAAGAUCCCCAGUGUCUUUUCUGGUUCAGACAUUGUUCAAUGGUUAACGAAGAACUUAUCUAUAGAAGACCCAGUGGAAGCUCUACACUUGGGAACACUGAUGGCAGCACAUGGCUAUUUCUUUCCAAUCUCAGACCAUGUUCUAACACUAAAGGAUGAUGGCACCUUUUAUCGAUUCCAGACACCCUAUUUUUGGCCAUCAAAUUGUUGGGAGCCGGAAAACACAGACUAUGCCGUUUACCUCUGCAAGCGGACAAUGCAAAACAAAGCAAGGCUAGAGCUAGCAGACUAUGAAGCUGAGAGUUUGGCCAGGCUACAGCGAGCAUUUGCUCGGAAAUGGGAGUUUAUUUUUAUGCAAGCUGAAGCACAAGCAAAAGUCGACAAGAAGAGAGACAAGAUAGAGAGGAAGAUUCUUGACAGCCAGGAGCGAGCAUUCUGGGACGUACACCGGCCGGUGCCUGGAUGCGUAAACACUACUGAAGUGGAUAUAAAAAAAUCUUCAAGAAUGAGAAAUCCACAUAAAACAAGAAAGUCUGUCUAUGGCUUACAAAACGACAUUCGAAGUCACAGCCCUACCCACACACCAGUACCAGAGACUAAGCCACCCACAGAAGAUGAACUACACCAAGAGAUUAAGCACUGGCAAAUGCAAUUAGACAGACAUAGAUUAAAAAUGUCAAAAGUUGCGGAGAGUCUAUUAGCUUAUACAGAGCAGUAUUUGGAAUAUGAUCCUUUUCUUGUGCCCCCUGAUCCCUCAAACCCUUGGAUAUCAGAUGACACCACUUUCUGGGAACUGGAGGCAAGCAAAGAGCCAGGACAGCAGAGGGUGAAACGAUGGGGGUUUGGCAUGGAUGAAGCUCUGAAAGACCCUGUGGGAAGAGAGCAGUUUCUCAAAUUCCUGGAGUCAGAAUUCAGUUCAGAAAAUUUAAGGUUCUGGUUAGCAGUAGAAGACCUGAAGAAGAGGCCUAUCCGUGAAGUUCCUGCUCGCGUCCAAGAAAUCUGGCAAGAAUUUCUUGCUCCAGGUGCACCCAGCGCUAUCAACCUAGAUUCAAAAAGUUAUGACAAAACUACGCAGAAUGUAAAGGACCCUGGAAGAUACACAUUUGAAGAUGCUCAGGAGCACAUUUACAAACUGAUGAAAAGUGAUUCUUAUCCUCGUUUUAUACGAUCCAGUGCCUACCAGGAGCUGCUACAGGCCAAGAAAAAGUUGGAAAACACUCUGGAUCGUCGAACAUCUUUUGAGAAAUUCACACGCAAUGUGGUAAAGGCUUCCUGUAAUAUGCUUUGAAUCCACUGUAAUCAGGAAGAAAUUUGGAUUCAAUGGGACAAAGUAGUAAAGGACACUAAAAAGUAAAUAAACAGCCACAAAGGAAACUAUCCCAAUGUUUGAAACAAAAACCCCUAUAUUUUGCAUGGUGGUGUUGCCAUAGCAUGUUGCAGUGUGAUUUGUGUGUUGUCUAAGCAGGUUGAUCUAUAAAACAACAUUGUACAUGGUAACAUUAUACAUGAUAAUUACAUGACAAUUCCAUAGGAAGUUCCAUAUGAAUAAAAGAGCCUAUGUUACUAAAAGAGAGUGUAGAGAGUAGGUAGCACAUCUGGGACCUCUGAGAGCCAGGCUUUUUCCCAGUCACAGUGCCUGGCAAGCUGCAAUAACUACACUUAUUCAUGGGAGUUUAAACAGCCCACAGAUCAGGAACUGGUUAUGGUAAAGAGUAUGUAAACCAGUGGCUAUAAGGAGAGAAAUAGCAAGCUGCAGACAGAUGUGAGGAGAGCAGAGCACAAAAAGGGAAAAAGCGAAGACAGCCUAGGAGGCACUAAGAUGACUCUCCAAUAAUCCCUCUCAGAGCAGCGUUACUGAUAAACCAGCAGUUCUGUGCGCAAACACUGGAGCAUUAUGCCCUGCAGGCGUGCCCGAUUUUCAUAGUACCAGAAUAGCAGGAUGCCAGAGAUGCAAGGCAGGCCCAAUAAACCAGCUGUGAGCUAGAAAUGGGAACGAGCAUUUCUGGAUGUGAAGCGUUAGUACUUCUUCAGUAGAAGAGGGCGAUUGUCUUUUCACAGGGCAAGCUAUAAAAUAACUGUGGUUUUGCUUUUCCUCAAACUACUACCUGUGAAUCCGGGUGGAGUCUGUCAAGUCGGGUCAGGUAUGAAAGUAAAACAUGUCACUGCUAGAUCUAUAUUCUCUAUUAGACCAGCAGCUCUGAGGCUUGCAAAUUAAUCCAGAAUGUCAGGAUACUCAAGUGCAAACCUUUUCUCCAAGACGACUGAAUUCACAUCACCCACUGCCCCAGGACCCCUUGCCACCAGGCAUCCUUGUUCUUCUGUUCUUGUUUUCCAUUAUGAUGAGUUUAUAAAAUGUAAUUAUCUACCUUGGUACAGUGGUUCCAACCAGCAGGGAUGAGGGAAACGUUUCUCAGAAUGUCCUACGGUGUACUGAUUAACUUGUUCAACUGUGAAGUGAGGGACUGUGGUAUAGAUCUGUUCUUCUGAUUAAUACGGAAAAUAGGUGAGAAACAGGUCUUCUACAACCUGGAUAAAUGCUUUCAUCUCUGAGUGAUUCAGGAAGAUGAAAAUUACAGUUUCUUUUCUCUUCUGAUGAUUUAGAAAAUUUAGACUAAUUUUCACUAUUUUUUUUCUCACAUAUCAAAGUGGGUUUGUGUUGAACUAAAUUAGACCUCAUUUUUUUCCAUUUGAAGUGUUUAAAAAAAACCAGUAAUCUUGAUUGUGUUUAGGGACUGAACCUGAGAGGAUGACCUUGUAAUUCAUAACCUGAUUUGUUAAGAUGGAGACUGUAAGAGGCUCCUGAUCAGUGUUGAUUGAAAGUGGGUUAUACUUGCUACAGAAAGCAUUUGUUAAACUAGAAAGUUUAGAAACUGUGUAAGGGCAAUCCCUCUGUAUUAUUCCUUGAAUUAAGUGGAAAUAACCUAAUAUAAUGAAUUGUUAUUCUAGUCUGAUGGGGAAAAAAUAAAAGUGGAGCUAUAUACACAAAAACCUCCUGGGCUCAACUCUAUUUCUUUGACACUGGAGAGUUUUCUUUCCAGAAGACUUUCAGUAAGUUGGUGCGCUUUAUGAAAGCCCUAAAUGCUCAGUUUAAAAACAUUGGCAAUUUAGCUUGCUCUGUAGAUUUUACAGCGCAAAAUUGGUAAUGCCUUUGGCAGUCCACUACAGACAAUAUGAAUAGUGUUAGAAACAGGUCUGCAUUCACGUACAAUACAGAUAAAGUAAUAGCAAACUGGCAUUUGCUAAAUGGAAUAUUUAUUACUGAAUACUUUAUAGUUUUCCUCUGAGUAGUAAGCACAGCUCUUCUUGGUUUGCCUCACCUAUUCACGUGCGUGGGUAUUGAGUGAAAAUAUUGAGCACAUACACUUCAGCACUACUGGAAUGAUGCCAUUGGAUAAUUCAUUGCCUUGGAGUAACACCCAACCACAAGUGUCACAGCUCUGGCUCAGAGCCCCGGGGAGCAGUGACAGUGUGCUCUGUGCUCCCCCCUGGCCAGCUCAGCCUCUCAGGUUUCUCUUUGGGAAUAAUUAAGGUCUAGUCCCUUGCAGCUCCCCAAGGAAGUGAGUAGGGAAGCUAAAGGCGUAAGUCAGGGAGCAGGAGAAUCUCAUUGCUUGCUACAGUAGUAGAGAGAGGGAAAUCAGCUGUUUCUGUGGCAUUUAAAAACUGAAAUUCUUUUGAGGAAUUUACAUGGAGGAAAAAAAAAAUUCCAUAUUUAAAAAAUUAAAAAAUCAGGAAACCUCCUCUACUUCAAGUACUAACAUCUACAGUAUAGAGAAAAAAACCAGGUGAAUAUGCCCUGAUAAUAUUGAUGGGAACGAAGAGGUCCUUUAAGGAAAACUUUUGUCUUUAAUUUCUCAUGUGCAUGCAGGAUUUGUGACAGUGGCAGACUAGUAGUCUGAGCAGGACACCUUUGUGAGCACUAGCUGCUUAGCUGCAAUCACCAGUCUGGAGGCCUUAAGCAAAAGGAUCUCAUUUAGAGGGGAGUGGGCUAAUUUCAUUUCCACUCCAUGCCAAAUUUCUUGUCCCACCAGGAACCACGUUAGCAGGGCAAGAAGGUGCAGUCUCCCUCCUCGGAGCUGCCUGGGGGGAGACAUUCCAUCAUCACGUGUUGGUGUCAUGGCUUCAGACACCACCAUCAGUGUUAGAGUUUCAUCCAUUGCUGUUCGAUUAUAGAGAAGGCAAAAAAAUGUGCUUGUUGCAAGUUUGUCAUGUUUUAUGGAAAAACAGCCAGUACAAAGCAGACCAAACUCAGUUCCUAUAUUAAACUAGAGAGCCAUCAGAUGAUAAUUCUCUUCACUCAUAAUCUCAUAAACAAGACCCUAUUUAAUAACUCUGAGUUUAAAACCAUUAUAUCUGUAUUUAAAACCCAUACCCUGUCCAGCUGUCUUCUCCCACUUAGCUGGAAGAACUUGCUGACCUGUGUCCUUUGAUAUUUUCCCCCUCCAAACCAGUAACAUUAGACCAUUUCAUGCAUGAGAUGUGAAAUGUGAAGGCCAUUGAACAUAGCACAUUUUCACAGAGGCUCAGUCUAACGUCACUUAACAUGACCUAGCAAAUUAUGGUCUAGAGAUGGAAAUUAAAACUCAUAAAAAUAGCUUCCUCAGUUCUUAUCGGGAGGGAUAGACUUUUCAGAUGCUUACACCAGUGUAAUGUCUUGUCAUGUUAAAAUCUGUCCCUUUAUUGAGAAACAAAGCGGCUAAUAUAUUAAUUUCAUCUGUUAAUCAAGAAUUUUUUCUAUAUGAACAGGUAAAAUUUAUAUGCACAAGGCCCUACUGUGCCAGACCAUUUAGCUCUGAAAUCCUGCCAAGGGCUAUAUUUUUCUCGAGCAUAGCAUCAUGAAUGAGCUUCAAUGCAGUAUCAGCUGUGGGAUCUCAUGUUCAACUUACAGUCAUGGAAGAAAUCCUAAUUAGACUUUUGAAUUUACUUGCAGGCUAUUCCUAAAAUUUAAACCGAAAAAUAGCUAGUCAGAAAAAAAAAAUCACAAAGCUUCUUAUUUGACAAAUACAGAACAAUAAUAAAGAUAAUAAGUAUUUGUAGAAAUGAAGGCUUUUUCUGUUUCAGGAAAGAGAUGGCUUAUUGAUGUUUGACUAAAAAGAACUGAUUAAAUAAUUGAAAAUUUUAGUUUGGACUAAUAAUUAGGCCAAAUACCUAGUUUCAGGGGUUUUUAGGAAUGAUGCCUAGGCUAAUGAGGAAAAUCGAAAAGAGCAUCUGUAGGGCACGCCAGUGAGGACUGGCCUCCUUGUCCUGUUCUGCAGUGACUGGAGCUAAGCUGCUGCGCUCUGUGCUGGAAAAGGAGAGCUGAGCACUUGCACAGCCAGGUUCACCUAAGUGAGGAGCCAGCACGUACCAUUCAGGUAUUAGGCCAGUGCCUGCCAUUGCCCGGCUGACAAACAUUUACCUGAGUCUUAAGCUAUUUGCAGGAAUGAGAACUGCAGAGAGGUAUAGAAACCUGAGGGGUCAGGCCUAGGACAACCAUACUAAAAAUAUUUGUCCAAUGCGUCGGUACCUUGGAAAAUCUUAUGUGUUACCCCACACUUCAGGUGGUUAAUCAAGUCCAAACUACCCCAUCUGGCAAGAGUGUGUAGGUUAAUCACAAAUGAGAGCAGCUCAUCAGUAAAUGUAAAGAUUAGCGCAAAAGGAGAAAGAAAUCGGGAGUGUCACCCAAUUUGGAAUGAGCCAAAAUAGGAAGCAGUCACUUAGCCGCUGCCUCCUGUCUAUGGACCUCUCCAGAAAAAGGUACGGCUCUAAUGAGAAGUGAAGAGAGGACUGCAAAUCCCCGUGAUAGACAGAAGGAUUUUCCUGCACAUGCAACCACUGGACGCUGCAACUGUGCUGACAACUCGUGCCCCCAGUUCAGUAAAUGCUAACCUCCUCCUCUUCCUCACAUGUCUGAAAGAGAAAUACAGCUUCACGGGUGGCUGAGAGCAGCAUCCGUGCUGCUAUGGAAAUGGAAGCAGAAUCCUGACCCCCUGAGCGGUGCUAAAGCAAUUCCCCUGUGCUAGACGAGCAAGGGCUGCCUAAUCUCGGAAAGGGACUUACUGUUUCUGCUCCUGUGCCUCUCCAGAUGUGCUUCUGUCAGGGGCUGUUUGCAUACCGGCUCCGUGUGUGGUGCACUGCGAUAUCACUUGGGAACUUUCCCUGCCGAUGCCGGCCGAGCUGCCGGCGUGCUGCAGGUGUGUCGCACAUGAGCAGAUGGGGAACGAUGAGAGCAAGGAAGGUAGAUUCUCGCUCUGCAUCUCAUUUUGCUCACAGCGGGGUUCACACCGUUCGUUACACCCGGUGAGAUGCGUGGAAUUCUCAUUUCUAGUCCUAGCUGUAUUGUUCCUGGGGUGUAGCAUCUGCGCUGGCAAUAACAAAACAUGAAAAAGGAGCACUGAGUUGCUCAGCAGAAAGGAACAGAAUUAAUCUUCUAAAAGGAAAGACUUGAUCUUCCUCUAGCAUACAUUUCAGAUCCAGCCCCUAUAUAAAUUUCAUAUUGAUUUCUUAUAAGCCACAUAUGUACUGAGGUUGUUGCUGACUUGUUUGCCAGAUUAUCUGAGGUGUUAGUGUCGUGCUGCAUAAAUAGGUCAGUCAGCACGUUUGUAUUUAGCAGCUCAUAUAUCUGGACAUGGUUUUGUAAUUUUGCCCCUAAAUUCUCUAGAAGUACAGUUGGAAGGACAACUCUAUGUUAAACAGUUAAUACACGAAGGUAGGGACUGAACACUGAGGCCAAUUGAUUUCCUAUUCUUAGAUGUACUUGUUCACUCCAGCUGCUGUGCUACCUCCUCACACUCUGACUCCCUUGUCAGUGCAUGUCCACAGGGUUUCAUUUUGGCUUGUGUAUUAUUAGUAAAAUUGUUAAAUAGUUUCAAUUCAUAUGUCCAAAGUGCACCGAUACAGCAAAAAAUCCUAAUCCUAUUUAGAAUUUGGCCAUAUACUACUAAAUAGUGAUGGCAAGAAUAUAUUGAAAAUCUUAAGGAUCUUUUCAUUCUUCAGUCAAACAUCUGCUACUUCUUCUGACUUUUUUUCCAACUGUUCUUUAAUCUCAUUAGCAUGGGAAAUAUUUUCCAAUGUGUGAUGACUCAUAUGCUACACCUCUCAAACUGGCCUGUUAGAUGUAGUUUACUAAAUCAAAAUUUGGCUUAUGGAAAUGCUAUUAACAUCGUAUCUGAAAGAAAUAGCUAGGCUCAGCUCUUAAAUUGUGACCCACAAGGGAUGAUCCUUACAUCACUCUGUAAACUGAAUAAAUCUGGAAAUCUCCUAGAAGUGAUAAUUAUGAAACCCUACCGUACAGAGCUAAACUAAAAGUAUGCUCUGGAACAGAGAUUGAAAGAAAUGUUCUGUAAACUGGAAAAUAACAAAACCCUGCAGAUCUGAAUAAGAAGGUGGGAUAAUUCUGUAUUUGGGGCUGCUGUGGAUUCUGUGUAUUAAAAGCUUAUUUUCCCAAUCAGAGAACAAAGUAUGUUUCAGAGUAAACAUGGAGGAAGAUCUGUUAAAGAGGGUGUAUCUUCUAAGCUGUCACUUUUCCAACUAUAAGAUAAAUUAGAACCACUAAUACCUGGAAAAAGCGCAUAUGUUGUUGUUGUUCAGAUGGAGACUUCGUAUCUAUAAGGAGUGUAAUAUUCUCUGAGGCAGGGAGGGGAGGUGGAGGAGAGGACCAUCCAAAGACAUCCUGAUCACUGUAGGGCUUAGGAGAAAAAGUAUCCAAAGACCAGCAAUAUCCAGGGAGUAAGCAAUGCAGAAUGCAGAAAAAAAAUUGUCAUGACAGCUCACCGUGUCUAUCAGGGGAAAAUUGAAAUAAUAUGUAGAAUAAGAUUAUACAAGUCAGAUCAACUAACUAAUAGCUAGGUUUUGGCCUGCUUUUAGGUCAAAACGUCCUAGUUUAUGUGAUACCACAAUUCAUUCCUGAGAUGCUAGAAUUUGAUUAUGGUUCAUCUAAAAAUUCCAGGGAAUUUACAACUCCUAAAUAAUCAAUUGUUGCAGAUAAGAAUAAAAAAUUAUUUCGCAGAUUUUACCCCACAACAAGAGCUUGCACAGCUUUCUGGUGCGGUAUGGAAAAAAUUGUUUUAAUAACAAUAGAGAACUCCUAGUUUAAUUGUUUUAAUUAACUGGUUUAUGCAGUUCAGUACUAAAGAGAACACAUACAUAUUUACAGAAAGUAGCCAGGUCUGUAGACCUGUAAAAUGAAGCAAUAAUAACUUAAUGAAAGGCAAAGACAAGACUAUGCUCAAUAUUUUCUGAGAUUAUGUCUAAGGCUGACCAUCAUGAAUUGCCUAACAAAACACUUAAUUUUGGACACGCUGUUUUAAAUUGUAUUCCAGUGCCACACAGCUGUUGAGUUUUUUCUGACUAUUUAAAAAGAACAGAUGGCUUACUAUAACAGCUUACCUGUUACAUUAGAGGAAAACAUAAUUUAAGGCUUAACAAGUGUCAAGAAGCUGUGAAUUUAAUGUAGGUAGAAAGCGACAGAGUUAAAGCUAGACACAGGGAAGAGAGCGUGCUAGGAAGGACACAUUCCAUCUUUCGAAGAAGCGAGAAUUAAUACUGUCAGGCGAUAUGGUGAACCUGAUGGAUGAGCAGUCUAACCCAACAUUGCAGAUCAUGAGUUCCCUUCAAAAUUACAUUGUAGGGGAAAUAUUAAUCCUAAUUUGUUCAACCUGUAUUUCAGAGCACAAAGACUAAAAUAGUUAUUCUUCCUUUUGUGAAGACCCACUCCGAUAUAUUGCACUUGAGUAAAUGCUCGAAACUAACUUGCAGAUCCCUGUGAGCAUAAAUUUAAUUGAUAAUGACAAUAGCUAUUAAAUUGUGUAAUUCCACUGAGUUAUAGUACAGCAAAUGACUUAACAACUCAUUGAUAUGGCAGAAUAAGUUCAUUUACCAUUUACUGCAGAAAAUGCGCCAUCUCUCCACAGCUACAGUAUUUCUUACUGUAGUCUCCUUGAAAUCAAACAGAUUUUUCUGAGUUGUGCACUUAAAAUGAACAAUACAAUAAAUGUACGUAUUAAAUAUCUAACUGGAGAGUUAGACAGAGCCACUUUCUAUUUAAUGUUUUAUGACCUAUUUGUGUUACAUUAUCAGGGUACGCCUGUGGUAUUUUGAGGAGUGUUGUAAGCUUGCUGUGCCAGCUCUGCCUCUGUUGGAACAGAGGCACGGUAGGAUGGCCCUAGGAGAGCUAACUCCUUUUAUGUGGCCUUAGGAGAGCUGAUUCCUUUUAUGUGGUUUCAUGGCUUUUGUCUGGCUCAGAUAAAGCUCAAAGCUGCCUGAAAUAUACCAUGGUGACAUACCCUACACCAUCCUCUUCACGCUGUAGACCUAACUCUUGUGGGACAGUCAUUAUACCUUAUUAAAAGAACUAGCUAAAAACCUGAAACCGCAUCCUUGCAACAGGAGGAAUGAUGAGGAAAAUAACGAUGUGGAAAUCCAAACGCCUUCAAAGCAGUCUUAUGCAGUCACAUGUAAUAUACCUGACCAAUGUUGCUUAUAAAUAGUAAAUACGGUCUCAGCAAGCCGAUAGCUGUGUUCAUGAAAAAGGUGCUUUCCUGCCUAUAUGCAAUCUGCCUCUUACUUUCUUAGCUUAACUUUAAAGUAGCAUUUUGUCUUCCGUGACAGAGCUACCACAGUUUGCACAUUCAUCUUUGUAGCCCAAGGCACUCUCGCUUGUAGUAGCCUUCUUCAAGCUCUGGGUAUGACCGACAGCAAAAACCUCAGCAUUAGUUUCUCAUCAGCCAAACCCAAUCUCAUUAAAAAAUGGCCUUUAAAUUUGCUGGCUCAUUCUGUGAAACAAUCUGGCUGACUGGCAGUGCAGAAGUUGAAGUGUGAGGGCUUCUUGUGGUUUAAGAUUUGACAGACUCCAGUUGGUGCCCCUAGUUAUUUGACAGUGAUGUGGCAACACUAAGUGGUUGCUGAUGAACAGGUUUGCAGUGAUCAUGCCUCUGUUUUCUGUUUUUUGUUUUUUGUUUUUAUCUUUUCCUCAGGGGAAAUCGCUCACAUCAAAGAGGUUAACCAAUCUAGUGCAGUCCUACUAAAAGGAUCACCUUGUAGCAUGGAAGCAGACUCAAAUCAUUAUACAUACUUUGUAGCUCACUGAUUGCCUGACUCAGAGGACAGUAGAACAAGAUGUUGCAUGAGCAAGGACCUGACUUGUUUUCUUUUGUGUAUACUAAGGCAUUACAGACUCCGAGGGACUCUCUAGCCUUUCGAUGCCUCCAUUUCGAAAACUGUCUGCUCACUUCCUCCUUCAUAUCAAGCUGGAUCUGUGUCUUUUUAUUUUCUGCAAGCUCAAGUACAGUGAAAAAAAAGCUUCUGCUAGGCACAGUUUAUUAAAAAAAAUACGUCAAUCAAAAACUGGAAGAAAUGUAAAAAAUGCAUAUAUUAAUAAAUAUACAUAUGGCAUCACAUUUAUUGCACAAUAAAUUAGCACAGAAGGUUUCAUUUCACUGAUGUAUUCACAUUGAGAAAGAAAGCCUGUGUCUUUGUCUGUUGUCUGUAUAUUCUCUGUUAAUGUUUCUUGCAUUUAUUUUUAUACCAUAUUUAAAAAAGAACACCUUUUACUCCAGAUGUAUUAAAGUUGAUCCUUUCUCUGUAAAUUUGUGUAUGUUUAUAUUGUUGUUUUAUCUUUCAUUAAAAGAUGCAGAAUCUC